AAAAAAUAAACAUAAAAACAUGUGGGCUGGGGAAGUAAAAAAAGAUGUUGUAGCUUUGGUAGUUCAUACAUAUCCAUUGUGUAAACAUAGUGACAUGCCAGAAGAAAUAAAACAAGAGGCCAUAGAAACUUGUGUCACUGCUGUAGAAAAAUAUCCAGAAAAUUAUGAACACGCAGCUCGCAUGAUCAAAGAAAAUUUGGAUAAAAAAUUUGGACCACCUUUUCAAGUAAUUGUUGGAGAAGCUUAUGCAUGUGCAAUUACAUAUCAAGAAAAAACAUUAUUGUACAUGUUUAUUGGAGGUAAUACAGCAGUACUUGUAUGGAGGACAGUUGCAGGUUUUUGAUGAAUUAUAUUGAUUAAACAAGACUACAACAAGAUUAAACAAGAUUAAACAACACUA